CUAAUCGUCCAUCGAAAACAUCACUUCCGUUUGGAUGUUGGCUUUUCUUGCUAUCUGCUUCUGAAUUUGGCGACCAUGUUUCGCCUUUAACAAAACAUUAUUAUUGCUUGGGUAGGGUUCAUUUAGGAGAUAUCCCCUUUUCCUCGCUUGCCGAUGAGCUGGCAGCUGAUACAAACACCCCAUGAGGCGAGCUGAAGGGUCGGACACGGAGGGUCUGUUAGCUCCGCACUAGCUUCACAACAACCAGAGAGCUGAUGACCAUAUAAUAUGGACAGUCGGGCAGAGUCGGACAAAAUCGGGGUGACCAUGUCAGGCCACAGCGGGCAGGGGCCUCAGCCAUCCAGGACCUCCAAACACCGGGAGCGUCGGUCCAAGUCGCCGAGGAGACGGCGAGAGGGGAAGAGGUCACAGCCGCGUGGGGGCGAACAGUCACAACCGUCGCUCCAGGAGACUGGGUAUCGGAGGUUACCCGGGCACCGAGAGCAGUCGGCCCAGACCAGCACCGCAACAGAGCCGGCAGACGAUGGCUCUCCCAAGAGGAGAGCCCAUUUUCUCCAUGGACCAUACCCUGCCACCCACUUUGGACCCAAAGCCUGUAUUCUACCCAAUCCCACUUCAGUCAUGCACAUCCAGGACCCGGCGAGCCAGAGGCUCACCUGGACCAACCCCCCGUCCAACGUGCUGGUCAUCAGGAAGAUCCAUGACGAGAGCCUGGUGGAGCCCUUCAAGGAGCUCUGCCGCUACCUCGUGGAGGAGAAGCAGCUGAUGGUGUAUGUGGAGCGCAGAGUGGUUGAGGACGGCACCCUUAAAGACGACGAGCUGUUUGGAUCCAUCUGUAACCAACUCUGUACCUUCAGAGAAGGUUUCGACGACAUCUCGGACUGCAUUGACCUCAUCAUCUGCCUGGGCGGAGACGGCACUCUGCUCUACGCGUCCUCUCUGUUCCAGGGCAGCGUCCCUCCAGUCAUGGCCUUCCAUCUGGGCUCGCUGGGAUUUCUCACACCCUUCAAGUUUGAGUCUUACAAGACGGAGGUGGCCAAAGUGUUGGAAGGCAACGCGGCCAUCACCCUGCGCAGCCGGCUGAAGGUGAAGGUGGUGAAGGCUGCAGUGCAGCAGCCCCAUGAGGAAGAGGAGGAGGGGGAGGAGGAGGGGGGGCAGCAGCAGGCGGGGGGGGAGGAGCAGGGGGAGGAGCACAACGGCUUCCUCUGCCCCCACGGACCCCCUGGUGGAGACGCCGGCAAGGUCACCCUGCAGCUUCAGGUGUUGAACGAGGUGGUGGUGGACAGGGGCCCGUCCUCCUACCUGUCCAACGUGGACCUGUACCUGAACGGGCGUCUCAUCACGUCGGUGCAGGGCGAUGGUGUCAUCGUCUCCACGCCGACGGGCAGCACGGCGUACGCGGCGGCGGCGGGCGCCUCCAUGAUCCACCCCAACGUCCCGGCCAUCAUGGUGACGCCCAUCUGCCCACACUCGCUCUCCUUCAGGCCCAUCGUGGUGCCGGCCGGCGUGGAGCUCAUGAUCACCCUCUCCCCCGACGCCAGGAACACGGCCUGGGUGUCGUUUGACGGCCGCAAGAGGCAGGAGAUCCAGCAUGGAGACUGCAUCAAGAUCACGGCGUCCUGCUACCCGGUGCCGUCCAUUUGCUGCCACGACCUGGUGUACGACUGGUUCGAGAGCCUGGCCCAGUGCCUGCACUGGAACGUCCGCAAGAGGCAGGCCGGCCUGGCCCAGCCCUCCGACUCCUCGGACACAGAGAACUGAGAGGGCCCCGCGGGCAUCCCGCCCAGGCUUGGAGUCCAACCACGAGGGGUCAGGUCAGGGGUGGGCGGGGUUAGGUCAGGGGUGGGCGCGGUCAGGGUUGGGCGGGGUUAGGGCAGGGGUGGGCGGGGUUAGGGCAGGGGUGGGCGGGCUUAGGGCCAUCGUUUUUCAUCGGGGGCCACAUGAAAGUUACUGUCAUGUCUUCAGCAUUAGUUUGGAUUAUAGAACAUAUAUCGCUUUAACUUAUGAAGCCUUUGUAUUUAAGUCACUACAAAGGUUAUGUAAAUAAAAUCUUUAAUAAAACAGGAAUGCAGAUAGUUGGUUUUCUGAAACCUAUAGAUGUACUGAACAUGUGUGUUAAUUAGGUUAGCUAAUAAAUCCAAUGAAAUCCAAUCGUUAUCGAGUAAACUCGAAAGCUUGAUAUAUAUUUUGCUAUGGGAAAGCACUUUUUCUAGGAUUCCUAGACAUUACAUUUAGUUUAGUCAGAAAACAAGGAGAGGAUUCCGAGAUAUCACAUUUAGUUUAGUCAGAGAACAAGCAGAGGAUUCCUAGACAUUACAUUUAGUUUAGUCAGAAAACAAGGAGAGGAUUCCGAGACAUUGCAUUUAGUUUAUUCAGAAAACACGACACGGAUUCCUAGAAGCCGGGGUUUAUGGAGAACUCUGAAGUGGCCCAUUUGCAAAGAGCGGGGGUGGCAACACUGGCUUCCGUUGUUUAACCCUGUGGACUUUCAGCGCCAAAUCCGUUUCAAUGGACUCUGGUUGUACUGCCCCUUUAGCAAAAUAAAGUGUGGCUUACAUUGAGUUAGCUGCUGCAAACUAGAAACCAGUGUGAUGAAAGAGAUGGAUUAUUGUUUAAAGUGUUUUGUAAAAUAUGUUUAUUUAUUGGAAACAUUGGGGCCACCAAACCUCAUGUGGGACUUCAGAGCUACCAACACAUACCAAAGACAACCUUGCAUGACUUCUCAUAUGCACCUCAACUUAAUGUUGUUUUUCACCUACAAAUGUGUGCACUGUUACAUCUUUGCUAUUAGUUUUAAGGUUUUCAGACAUCCUGGGUAAACCUUUAUCCAAUAAUGCAAGGGAUGAGUAAAAGUUUGGCUGCAGGUUCAGACAAUGAAUGAAAUAAAAAAUUACAUAAAAUGUAU